AUCUUGUUUAGUAUAAAUAAACUCGAAAUCAAUUAAUAUCUUCUCUCUCCAAUGGAGAUUUACAAGUAUUACCUUUACCCCACGUUUACCAGUUUGUGAUAAAACAAAUUAAACUCCACAAUACCAUGUUUACACAGUGUGUAGGAAUUUAUAAAUACCAUGUUUUGCUAACAAGUGAGUAACAAUUAUUUUUUACAAUGGAUUUGACUCUCCUGGACGAGAUUGUGGAUAAGACAAUACCGGAGCAUUUCCUGACAACCCAUGAAAAUGACUCACAAAAGACUCCCCGCAAGCAGAGGUACAAUCCUUAUUUGACCGAGUCUGAUGAGAAAAGGGAGGCCCGUUUAGCUGCCAAUAGAGAACGUAUGAGGAAUAUGCGAAUGAAUGAAACUCCUGAACAAAAACAAGCAAGGCAAGCUUAUAAUAGAAUACGAGCUCGUAUUAAUAUGAUAAAAGAGACGGCUGAGCAAAGGGAACGAAGGUUAGAAGCGAAUAGAGAGCGAAUGAAAGCAAACCGUGAGAAAUAUAGUGAACAGCGCAGAAGAAUGCGCGCUUUAGAGACUCCUGAAAAACGUGAAAAGAGACUUUUAGCAAACAGACUUCGUAAUAGGAAUGCAAGGUUAUUUGAAACAGAAGAACAGAGGGAACGGAGACGGGCUGAAAAUAGGGAAAGGCAAAGACAGAGAAGGGCGCAGGAGACUCCAGAAGAGGUAGAAAUGCGUCGGUCUUAUAAUAGAGCCAGAAUGACCAUCAGGAGGUCGAUUAUGAAACUUCAGCCAAAAAUAGAAGCCUCGGAGUACUCCUUCCCCAAACAAGAACCCGCCACCAACUACACCAGCGACAACGACCUGGACGUAGACCUGGACUACGUCAUUCCGGACGUAGUCAUCAACAUGGUCGACGAAGCAGACCCCCAGAGCGAAUUUAGACCAAACCCCCUUUUGGGGAUGUUCGACAACGAUGUUAAGCCUGACUUCAACCUGCCCAUGGCCCCCAGCGGAGACGGGUUGCCCAUCCAGCCUUCGAUAGGAGAGUACAUACAAAAGUGUAUUACAACCAUAGAUAAUAUAUUGAAUUCGGAUAAUUAUCAGAAUGUUAAUAUGGAGCAGCAGCAGAGUAUAACAGAGACUGCUUUGGGUCGUAGGAGUGAAUUGAAUGAUAGUAGGACUGAUCAGUUUGCUGAGUUGGUUCUGAAUAAUAUUGGUACCGAUGGAGGGAAGUGUAAUUAUAAUUGAUACUUAAAUUUAUUUAUAUAGAUAUAUGUAUAUAUAUAGGGGUCAGUUUUUGGAUAAACUAGAGAUGUUAUGGUAAAGCUAGGUUAUGGGUGAAAACUGUUAUGUAAACAAUAAUUAAUAAUGAUUGAAUAGAUUUUUAAAAA